CAGUUAACGGUGAUUGGUGUAUCUUUCAAAAACACACACACAGCGGAAGUCACAUCGGAGUCGACGGUUAGAUUAAAUGUUUUGGCUGUAGAAGCUAAAACGCACGAUUAGCUGUCAGAAAUACCAGAUGCUUCGAGCCGUCUUUCAGCAAAUUAUUUGUGGAAAGUGAGAUUAAGUCCCUCUCAUCUGAGAUAGAAACACUGAAAAACCCGCAAGACUUAUUUUCAGAAGGUUUGGAUGAACUAAGGGAAGAGAACGCCAGGCUAAAAUACCGUCUCAAUAUCCUAAAGAAGAGUCUUCAAGAGGAGACGACCUACAACAGCAAGAGCAUGAUCAACAUCAAUCAGCGACUCCAGGACAUCUUUGGCGGCGCCAUCGGUGUUGCCUGCUCUGACCUGGAGAACCCUCCGCUUGCAGUCACUCCUAGCCAGCAGGCCAAGUUUGGGGAUUACCAGUGCAACAGCGCCAUGGCAAUUUCUCAGAUGCUGAAGUCGAAGGCACAGAAGGUUAACCCCAGGGAGAUAGCUGAAAGGAUAGUCCAAAACAUUCCUGACAAUGAGUUAAUUGAAAGAACAGAAAUUGCUGGACCAGGAUUUAUUAAUAUUCAUCUUAAGAAGACAUUUGUGUCCAAGCUUCUCACAAACUUGCUUCUGAAUGGUGUUCAACCUCCAACUUUGGACAAGAAAAAGAAGGUGGUUGUGGACUUCUCCUCUCCAAACAUUGCAAAGGAAAUGCAUGUGGGUCACUUGCGGUCUACCAUCAUUGGGGACAGUAUGUGUCGCCUCUUUGAGUUCUUAGGCCAUGAUGUCUUAAGGCUGAAUCAUGUGGGAGACUGGGGGACACAGUUUGGAAUGCUCAUCGCUCACUUGCAGGAUAUGUUCCCAAAUUAUCUGAGUGUUUCCCCACCAAUUGGAGAUCUCCAGGCUUUUUACAAAGAGUCUAAGAAGCGCUUUGAUGAAGAUGAAGAGUUUAAGAAGAGGGCCUAUCAGUGUGUGGUCAGACUGCAGAGCAAAGAUCCAGACUUCAUUAAGGCCUGGAAUCUCAUCUGUGACGUGUCCAGGCAGGAGUUCCAGAAGGUCUACGACUGCCUGGACAUUCACUUGCUGGAGCGUGGCGAAUCCUUUUACCAGGACUUGAUGACUGAGGUGGUGAAGGAGUUUGAGGAGAGAGGGCUGAUGCAGCUGGAUGAGGGUAGGAAGGUGGUGUUCCCUCCAGGCCAGUCCAUCCCCCUGACAGUGGUGAAGUCGGACGGCGGCUACACUUACGACACAUCAGACUUGGCGGCCCUGCGUCAACGCAUCUUCGAUGAGAAGUCUGACUUCAUCAUCUACGUGACAGACAGUGGUCAGGCAGUACACUUUCAAGUGGUCUUUGCUGCAGCUCAGAUGAUUGGCUGGUAUGAUCCAAAGGUCAUACGUGUGGAACACGCAGGAUUCGGAGUGGUGCUAGGGGAGGACAAGAAGAAGUUUAAAACCCGCUCGGGAGACACAGUCAGGCUGAUGGACCUGCUCAACGAGGGCUUGAAGAGAUCCAUGGACAAACUGAUAGAGAAGGGGAGGGAUAAGGUUUUGACACCAGAGGAGCUCACCCAAGCCCAGCGCGCCGUCGCCUUUGGCUGCAUCAAGUACGCCGACCUGUCGCACAACCGCAUCAAUGACUAUGUGUUCUCCUUCGACAAGAUGCUGGAUGACAGGGGCAACACGGCUGCCUACCUCCUCUACGCCUUUACUCGCAUCAGGUCCAUAGCCCGGCUGGCCAACCUGGAUGAGGCGGCCCUGCGCAAGGCGGCCGAGACAUGCGAGAUCGCGCUGGACCACGAGAAGGAGUGGAAGCUGGGCAAGUGCCUGCUGCGCUUCCCCGAGGUCUUGCAGAAGAUCCAGGACGACCUCCUGCUGCACACGCUCUGCGACUACCUGUACGAGCUGGCCACCACCUUCACCGAGUUCUAUGACAACUGCUACUGCGUGGAGAAAGACCGUAAGACAGGGGAGGUGGUUAAAGUCAACAUGUGGAGGAUGCUUCUGUGCGAGGCCACAGCCGCCAUAAUGGCCAAGGGCUUUGACAUACUGGGCCUCACACCCGUGCAGAGGAUGUGACCUGAUCAGUGCCUGCUCCUCACACCCUUCUUGCCAACUGCUAAUGUCCUGUUAAGAGUUUAUAGUAAACCCAAUAAAACCCAAACGAGUGCUUGUAAAACCUCAAUUUUGCUCUUGCUCAUCUUCCUUCAUAUUAAUGUCAGAAUACCCAAUCACACAGAAGGAUGGACGGGAUCCUGUUUACCAUUAUGUAAUACGAUGGAAAAUGUCAUUCUUUUUCUUGUCUUACCAAAACUUUUUACCUUUUCAGCUUCAUGUUGGUUUUUGAUGACAUUUUCAACAAACAUGCUGACUAAAAUGAAUUCUUCAAGCUUGUUUAUGCAAUAAACAUUUAUUGUUAACAUG